AUUUAUAUUUACAGAAGGUACCAUAUCAUAGCAAGAAUUUUGUUAAUGACCAACAUUUUCUAAUUAUUUUUUAUCGUUUUGAUGUGUGUGAGUGGUUGAUGUGUAAUUGCAUUUUAUUUACGACUUAAAAUACAACUGACAAAGGUGUUCUUAUAUUUUUCUGCUCAUAGUUUUAUUAGUAUUUAGUGAAAAUGAUAUAAUAUUAGUAGGCGUUUCGAUUAAACUUUGAUAAAAAGUGUCAAAUAAACAAACAGCUACGAUGGAUAUUGUUCAAACACCUAAGUUGGAGAAUGUACAGCUGCUGGACAAAUAUAACCUUCGGAACCCAUCAAAAGGCACAUUGUACUUUGCAACAACACACCUCAUCUUUGUUGACCAUGAGAUGAGGAAAGAAACAUGGAUUCUUCUCCCGCAUAUAUCAACAGUGGAGCGUUUACCAAUAACAACCACUGGCUCACCGCUGCUCGUGCGCACCAAGACGUUUCAGUCAGUCUUCUUCGUCAUACCUCGCGAACGUGACUGCCAUGAGAUGCAUCAGACGCUGAUGCGGUUAAGUCAGCCUGUGAAUGUUGAAGAGCUGUACUGUUUUAACUACAAGUCUACUCCGGAAGACUUGCCAAAGUCAGCGGGUUGGAAUUUUUUCGAUAUACAAACAGAAUACCAAAGAAUGAAUGUUCCUAAUGAACAUUGGGUGCUGUGCAAUGCCAAUAAAGACUAUGAGCUCUGUGAUACCUACCCAAAUGCAAUUUAUGUACCUGCGCGUGCGUCGAGCACAGUACUCUUGGGCAGUGCGAGCUUUAGGUCACGUGGUCGGCUGGCAGUACUGGCUUAUUUACAUCAUAACAACGCCGCUAUUACGAGGUGCAGCCAGCCCCUUAGCGGGUUUUCAGCUAGAUGUAUGGAAGAUGAGCAAAUGUUAGAUUUGAUUCGGCGAGCGAAUCCAAAUUGUGGAUAUAUGUAUGUAGUGGAUACGCGACCUAGGAUAAAUGCCAUGGUGAAUCGUGCGGCCGGCAAGGGGUACGAAAACGAGGCGUUUUAUGAAAACAUCAAAUUUCACUUUAUGGGAAUCGGGAAUAUACACGUGAUGCGCAAGAGUUUACAGAAAGUUGUUGAAACUUGUGAACAAAAUACACCAACAAUGUCGUCAUUCUUAAGUGGGUUGGAAUCAUCGGGGUGGCUCAAACAUAUCAAGUCGAUACUAGACACGUCUUGGUGGAUAGCGAGCGCGAUAGAUACCGGUGUGAGUGUGUGCGUGCACUGUAGCGACGGGUGGGACCGCACUGCGCAGGUGUGCUCGCUGGCCGCUGUUUGCCUCGAACCGCACUACCGGACUAUUAAUGGGUACCAGGCAUUAAUAGAGAAAGACUGGUUAUCCUUCGGUCACAAGUUCACAUCCCGGUGUAGUCACGUAGCGGGAGACCCGAGAGAACGGUCACCGGUGUUCACACAAUUGCUGGAUUGUACUUGGCAGCUAUUACGACAAGUUCCUGAGGCUUUCCAAUUCAACGAACGGUUUUUAAUUACUCUACAUGAUCAUGCGCACGCUUGUCAAUAUGGAACCUUUGUUGGGAACUGUGAAAAGGAUCGGAGAGAUCUUAGAUUAUCAGAGCGCACCUUCUCCUUAUGGGGUUACAUGGCCAGUCACCUCAACGAGUACAAGAAUCCGUUAUACAGUCCCAAGGCCCAUCCAGAUAUUUUGAAACCUGAUCUGUCUGCCCAAAGUAUCAGGUUCUGGAGCGGUAUGUACUGCCGUCAUGAAAGCGGUGUUCACCCACGGGAGUCUCUUCCCGAUCUCUUACCUGCUGCUGUAGAGCAUUCCGCCGCACUUCACCAGCAUAUUGACUAUUUAGCUAAGCGAAUAACGACCUUCAAGAAGCUGCUAUCAAGCAAGAAAGACAAAAGGGAGACGUCGGUAAAUUAUCAAAAUGGUAAUUUGGAAACUGUCGAGAUCGAGACGAGGACGGCUGGAUUGAAUAUUGAUAACAAAUUCAUUUACGAGUCAGGCGCCAAUCUGUCAGAAAUAGAGUGCGCAAACCACGACCAUCCUCUCAAAGAAACCAAGCCACAGAAACCCACCAAUAUCCCACUUAUAACUGAAAAGACAGAUGACAUGAUCCCACCAAGUUUGUCAGCGUUGGAGGGAGAAAUAAAUUCAGUUGUCUUAGACUGGAAGAGUAUUAAAAAUGUCACCGAAUGCAGUUGCUCCACCCCCUUGGACCAUUUUAGUAGGAAGCACCACUGUUGGGGCUGCGGCGGGUGCGUGUGUACGCGAUGCGUGUCGCGUGCGCCUUUGCCUGCCCUUGCUGCCCCUGCCCCUGCGCCUCUCUGCGCAGGCUGUGCCCCUCCAACGCCGCAUGCCUACAUAAAUCAUCAAGACCCCAAAAAGUGAGAAGACGCAUGAUUUUGUCAAUGCCAACACGAGAUAACAGAAAUGUAUUUAUAUUAGUUACCGUAAAUCAUAAAGAAUUAUGUCAUUUAAUAUUAAUUGUUACGAAAAUCAAAGGUAAUCUUGGUAACAUGGAGUCAAAAUUGAAUCAGAAAAUAUUGUAAAAGUUAUCAACGCGUUUUAAUUCUUUUAAUUUGUAUACUAUAUUAAAAAAUCCAUUGAAUAUGAUCUAUUAAAAAAAAACUUUUUUGUCGGGGAUUUGUUUUUAUUAAUGGUUAAGGUAAUCCAACUUACUGUGUCUGACACGUCGACGUUUUGGGCCUAAGGCCGAUUUCCUCAUGAUUUUCUUUACCGUACCAGCGAGUUUUAAAUGCGCACAUAGAAAGUCAGUUAAUGCACAGCCGGGUUCGAACCUACGACCUCAAGGAUGAGAGUUGCAUGCCGAACAUUGCCGGCAGUACAAUAAAAUCCUCUAUUGGCGGCUUAAAUUUAGAGAAAAUUUGCAAUUCGAUAAAGGUUUUUAUUUUCAGUAAGUAGUGCUUAGUUAUUUUUGUUAGGUUAAUAAAACGAGCAUUUUUGUCAUUGUAUGUUAGUUAUUUGUAUAUUAUGAAACUUGUAAA